AUGGAGGAAGGCAGAAUUUUAUUAUAUAGAGAAAACGACUACAGCAUUUUGGAAAAGCACUAUCAGAGUGCGCUGGAGAAGGACAUACAAGAAUUAAUAAUUUACUAUGGCAUGAAAUUACUAAAAAAAAAUAUAAGGAAGAAUUCAUUUUUCAAAUGGAGUCUUUACGAGCACAUUUUAAAAGCUUCCAUUGAAUUAAAUUUAACUGAAUAUGUAGAUAUGUGUUUUAAUAAGCUGAAUGAAAAGUUUGGAAAAUUGGAUGGGAAAAAGUUGAAUAUACUGAAAGGAAUGGUAUAUGAAUCAAAAAAUAAAAACAGAGAGGCGUUAGAUAUUUAUAAGAAUUAUUUAUGCAAAGAUUCUUGCGAUAAUUUAAUAAGAGCAAGAAUUGUGAGUUUAAAAAAAACAAUAGAAAAUGAUACAAAUCAAAUUGUACAGUUAUUAAAUGAACACUUAAAGGAGUUCCCAGUAGACAUAGAAGCAUGGCAUGAAUUGGCAGAAAUAUAUUUAACAGACUGUUUGUAUAGCUAUGCCUUAUACUGUUUAGAAGAAAUUUUGCUACACCUACCCACCAAUUUGUACUACAUAUUAACCUGCGCAGAAUUGCACUACACCAUUAACCAGUUCGAAAUAAGCAGCAAGUAUUUCUGUCUAGCCAUUAAAUUACAGAGUAAUAAUUUAAGGGGGCUAUGGGGAAUAAUAAUGCUUAAUGUUUCCAGAUAUUUCCACAGAAAACCCAAAUCGCUAAGCGAUAAUGUGGACAUAAUUCUGACGUUACAUUGUAUUGACAGAUUGCACAAAUUAUACAGCGGAAUGAAGGUAGAGCUGUUGUAUAAAAAUUCUAUUCUGGAAUAUCUAAACGAGUUGAAGGACAUUUUUAAGUGA